AUGUCUCAGGAAAGGCCCACGUUCUACCGGCAGGAGCUGAACAAGACCAUCUGGGAGGUGCCCGAGCGCUACCAGAACCUGUCCCCGGUGGGCUCCGGCGCCUAUGGCUCCGUGUGUUCUGCUUUUGACACAAAAACUGGGUUGCGUGUGGCCGUGAAGAAGCUCUCCAGACCGUUCCAGUCCAUCAUUCACGCCAAAAGGACCUACAGAGAGCUGCGGCUGCUCAAGCAUAUGAAACAUGAAAACGUAAUUGGUCUGUUGGAUGUUUUUACACCGGCAAGGUCUCUGGAGGAAUUCAAUGAUGUGUAUCUGGUGACCCAUCUCAUGGGGGCAGAUCUGAACAACAUUGUGAAAUGCCAGAAGCUUACGGAUGACCAUGUUCAGUUCCUUAUCUACCAAAUUCUCCGCGGUCUCAAGUAUAUACAUUCAGCUGACAUAAUUCACAGGGACCUGAAACCUAGUAAUCUGGCUGUGAACGAGGACUGUGAGCUGAAGAUCUUGGAUUUUGGACUGGCUCGACACACAGACGAUGAAAUGACAGGCUAUGUGGCCACCAGGUGGUACAGGGCUCCUGAGAUCAUGCUAAACUGGAUGCAUUACAACCAGACAGUUGACAUUUGGUCGGUGGGAUGCAUAAUGGCCGAGCUGCUGACUGGAAGAACAUUGUUUCCUGGUACAGACCAUAUUAACCAGCUUCAGCAGAUUAUGCGUCUGACGGGCACACCUCCUGCUUAUCUCAUUAACAGGAUGCCAAGCCACGAGGCGAGAAACUACAUUCAGUCUUUGACCCAGAUGCCGAAGAUGAACUUUGCAAAUGUGUUUAUUGGUGCCAACCCCUUGGCUGUGGACUUACUGGAGAAGAUGCUGGUCCUGGACUCGGACAAGAGGAUCACGGCCGCCCAGGCGCUCGCGCACGACUACUUCGCUCAGUACCACGACCCUGACGACGAGCCCGUGGCGGACCCCUACGACCAGUCCUUCGAGAGCCGGGACCUGCUCAUCGACGAGUGGAAAAGCCUGACCUACGACGAAGUCGUCAGCUUUGUGCCUCCGCCCCUUGACCAAGAAGAGAUGGAAUCCUGA